AGUGGAUCGAUGCUAUUAGUAACUUAAUACAAUUGCAUACGGAAAGUGUAAAUACAUUAGGCAAAUAAGAGGGCAAUUUGCGACAUUUAUUCUCUCUCGUGCUGAGGGGAGAAAAUUUUCUCGCGUGAAAUGUAGUAAGACGGAGAGGGGAACGAUUAUGGCGUGUUUCUCCCGUGUAACAGACUUUUCUCAGUUGUCGUCCGAUCCCCGAAGUAGAUGGAAUUCUCCCUGGAUCGGUACUACAAGUUGAAUCGCCUGCUGUUGUCCGUUAUCGGACUAUGGCCUUAUCAGAGUGCGAUGAACGCUUGGUUCCACCGAGUGCUUGCAGCUUCUUUUAUGAUCUGGAGUAUAAUCGGUCAGAUAGUUAAGAUAUGUAUGUCAGAAUUAACUGUGGAUUUUACACUCGAUUGCAUGCCCAUUAUCAUUUCUACUAUUGGUAUAACGCUGCAAUUUAUUGGCCGUAUAAUAAUUAAUGACAAAUUGAGGAGUUUACUCGAUCAUAUUAAAGCCGACUGGGAACGCACUAGGUCUCAGGAUGAAAUUAAAAUUAUGCGAGAAUAUGCCGCGAGUGCAAGAAUAAUCACGACACUAUUUUCGUUUUAUGUAAUCGUAGGUACAAGUAUGUAUAUCAUUAUCACGAGUAUCCCGCAGAUUCUCGAUGUAUUUCUACCGUUGAACGAAUCACGUUCGCGCGAACAUCCGUUUCACAUCGAACUCUUCAUCGACGAAGAAAAAUAUUUUUAUCUUAUCCGAAUUCAAAUGUAUAUUAUGUUACUGGUGGGAAUGGGAAUGAUUAUUGCCAACGGUACUAUAUUCGUUGUUUACACGCAACAUGCCAGUGGAAUGUUUACCAUACUAGGGUGCCGCGCAGAACGAUUAUUUAACCAACGUUCUUCUAAGACUGGACGAUCUAUCCGUGGAACUGAAAAAGAUUACAGGAACAUUGUACUUUUUAUUGAGGAUCAUCGCAGUGUUAUACAGUUUGUGGACAUUAUUCAAUCGAGCUACAGUUUUCAUCUUCUCAGUGAAUAUUUGUUUUUUAUGAUCCUGAUAGGCUUGACAUUGGUACAAAUAAUAAAAUUCUCCGGAUUAUCGGAUCGGCCAAUUAGAUCUAUAGCUUUCAUCAUCGGACAAUUAUUUUAUCUGCUUAUGUUUAGCUAUAUGGGUCAGCAUAUAAUUGACACGAGUGUACAGUUGUCCACGAAGCUGUAUUGCGGAAAAUGGCACAAUAUGUCCGUGUGGAAACAAAAGAUUAUGUUAUUCGUUAUGAUAAGAUGCACACGAACGGUUUCCAUUAAUUCAUGCAGUAUAUAUACUCUGAGUUUAGAAACUUUCUCAACGGUAAGCAAAAUAUCGGCGAUAUAUCGUUUAUAAAAUGCUCUCCUUAUCCUCGAUAAUGUCACUGUGAAUUUCGUUUCAAGAUUGUACAAUCGGGCAUAUCGGUUUGUAUGUUACUGAAAAGUGUAGCAAACAGUUUGUAAAUUAUUUGCAAAUAGUAGUAGCAUUUUUGCAUGUAUUUGAUAUACCUACAUAAAAUUAUUACAAAACACUUUUUUAUGUUUCAAGCUCAAAUUGCUUUAUUUUUCCCAUCUUAUUUGAAUAAAAUGCGAAGCGGUUGAUAUGUAAAAACUGUCUGCUCUCUCUUUCCUUAUAAUAAUAUACAUUAUUUAUAUAAUUUACAUAAGAAUGCAUGGUCAUAAAUUACGAGUCAUAAUCGCAAACUAUUUUUUCGUGCCCCUUUGUUUCUGACGAUCGAGUUAUAAAAUUAUCACGCGUUUUCCUUGGCAUAUAAGACUUCUCUUCAAAGUAUAAGUAGCACAUUGAAAGAAAUUUUAAAUGUAAAUGUAUAGUAUAAGUAUACGCAAAAAUAUGUUUCAACAUUUUUCUUUAUUUUGAACAGAAAGAGAAAGAGGCAGCACAUCAAAUUUUUAUUAUUGAAAACAUUUAGUCUUUAUGUAAAAAAAAUAUGGAUUUAUUUUAUUUUAUUUAAAAAUAUUAUUAACAAGUUGCAUAUAUGGAUUGAUUAUCUGCGAAAAAAAGGAGAAACAAAGUGCAUUGAGAGAGAAAAAUUUUCAGAACUUUUAAAAAAUAACAUCCGCAAAUGGAAGAUGAGAACAUGAAAUGGCCAGCAUAGAUUAAUACAUCACAAUUUCGAUAACCUCCGAAAUUUGAAUCUAUCGAAUUUAAUAUUAUAAAAUUAACAUUGAUGUAUCGCCAGUAAAUUAUUAAUUCUAGAAUAUUCAUAAAUACAUGAUUUAUAGACCAUGUCUCAUCAUCAUUCCGAUUUUCAUUUUCAAAAGGAUAAUGAGAAAGAAGGACAAAAAAAUUUAACAUAUAAUUUUAUUAUAUUAGAAGGAUUAGAAACGAUUAUUUUUCAAGAUUAUCAUUGGAAGGAAUGUUAGUACCGUAAAAUAAGACACCGAUGUUUUCAAAACCUUUAAAAAAUAUUAAAUC